CUCUACAAUAAACACCAGCAAUAUGAUACAGGCAGCCAAGAUCCUCGAACAAAGAAGUCACCUAGUGCCUGGAAAGCUCAGAAUCACCGAGCACUUCUUCCAGGUACCUCGUGAUUACUCGAACCCCUCAGCAGGGCAUCUGCAACUGUUUGCACGCUCGGCUCUCAAAGCCGAGAAGCCGGCAGACUAUUCUCCAGAUGGCACACCGGACCCAAAGAAGGUCCAGCUACCAUGGCUUGUAUAUCUACAGGGCGGCCCAGGCUUUGAGUGCCGCAGCCCUGAGAACGUGUCCUGGGUUCCCACUAUCCUAGACAAGGGAUAUCGCGUUCUCAUGCUCGAUCAACGUGGUACUGGACUGUCCACAGCCAUCAGUCAAAGCUCUCUGCAGCUCCGUGGCGACGAGAAGGUCCAAGCAGAGUACAUGAAGAGCUUCCGUGCGGACAGCAUCGUGAAGGAUUGCGAGGCCGUACGGAAAGCCCUAACUGAGGACUACCCCGAAGACAAAAAGAAGUGGUCCAUAAUGGGUCAAUCAUUCGGUGGAUUCUGUGCUACGACAUAUCUUUCAUUCUAUCCUGAAGGGGUCAAAGAAGCUUUCCUCUUUGGUGGUCUGCCGCCUCUGCGCAGCAACCCGGACGAGGUCUAUGAGCGCCUAUACAAACGCGUGAAGAAGCGAAACGAGCAAUAUUACGCAAAGUACCCCGAGGAUAUCGACCGCGUAAAGCGCAUCAUCAAGCUCUUGUCCAGAUUCGGCGACACUACUGUCCGUGUACAAGGCGGAGAGGGCUAUCUCAGCGCUCGUCGAUUCCUCCAACUCGGAAUCUUCUUUGGAAAGCAUGGCGGUUUUGAAGAUGUGCAUGCGUUGGUUCUGCGAGCAGACACAGACUUGAGCCAGUUUGGACACCUGACACGACCUACCGUUCUUGCACUUGAGGCUGCGCAGUCGUGGGACACGAACGUCAUAUAUGCCUUGUUACACGAGCCUAUCUAUUGCCAAGGAGAAGCAGCCAACUGGUCUGCUGAGCGACUUCUUGAGAAGUUCCCUGAGUUCUCACUGCAGAAUGUGGAGUCAUCAGACCCAGUUUACUUUACUGGAGAGAUGAUAUACCCAUUCAUGUUUGACUGCUACCCGGAGCUUGCGAAGUUGAAGCAAGUGGGCCAAAUGCUUGCUGAAGAGAAGGAUUGGCCAAAGCUUUAUGAUACUGAGCAGCUGAAGAAGAAUGAGGUACCAACGUACGCAGCUGUCUACCAUGAGGACAUCUACGUCGAUUUCGAGUUGAGCAUGGAGACCGCGAACACCAUCAAAGGGUGCAAGCCUUUCGUCACAAACUCAAUGUAUCACAAUGCGAUUGGAGCGAAGACGGAUGAUGUGCUUAAGGAGAUAUUUGCGAGGAGAGACGAUGUUAUCGAUUGAAGUAGUUGACCGAAACGUGAUGGAUUCAGAGGGAGCUCGUUGCAUUUUCGUCUACAAAAUAGAGUCGAUG